UAUGAAGCGAACGACGCAACCCGCAGCUACUGUGUUGUACAAAUAUGUGUGGUGUUUACAAAACAACGCACGCGGCACGCUCUUGAGUCGAUAGCGGUUAGUGGGCAGUGCAGCGGCAUGGGCGACUUCCGGGUCACCUCCGCCAGGACCCUGCUCAUCCUGAUGGCCAGCUUGGCCGCCGUGCACACCACGGGCUUGGGAGAAUGCCCCGUGUACCCCCAACUGCCGAACUUUGAUAUCAACAAAAUGGCGGGCACGUGGUACGAAGUGGAGCGCUCGUUCUACUUGAUGGAGCUGUCGGCCAGCUGCACCGAGAUCACCGUCAGCCUCAACGAGAGGGGAAACUUCUACAUUAGCGUUACUACUAUUAAUAGAUGGACCGGCAGUCCGUCGGUGACAUACGCGAUCGGCGUGCCGAGCCACAACGGAUCGUCGGUGUUCCGGUACAAGGUGAACAACCGCAUGCCCUACCUGAUCGGGCGCCUGCUACCAGGCGCGGGGCUCUACCACGUGCUGUUCACAGACUACGAGCAGUUCGCGCUGCUCUGGUCCUGCUCCAGCGUCAGUAUCGCGCAUUCAGAUCGUAUGUGGGUGCUGGGGCGGACGCGCGAGAUCGACGCGGCGCUGCGAGCGCAGAUCUACGAGCUCAUGCUGGAGCUGCGGCUCGACCCCGACCGACUCAUCAUCUCCAAGAACAACAAUUGCACCGACCCAGACGCCGACCCCGACCGCGUACAACCAAUAAACUAGUUAACUCAAC